AUGUCGACCGCCGCUGCAAUUACACCGCCGCUCCUCACGUCGGGUGCCAAUCCGUCCACCGCUGUUCCAUUCCUAGAAGAAUCGCAACCCCUCACACUUACCCCCGAUAACCCAUCAGCCACCUCUCAGCCCAAUGACUCCGAAUCCAUACCGCCGCCGGUGCCGAAACCGGCUCCGCUUUUUAUCAAUUCGAUCGCCGAAUUGAAGGACCUGUCCGCCGCCAUCUCAUCCUUCCAGCAGUGCUACGAGGACCUCCACAACCACUUGGAUUCCAUCAAAAUCGCAAUUUCGUCCAAAUUGCCCCAGGAAACUCCGCAGCCCCCUCCAGCCCCCAACCCAUCUGAGCCUGCACCGAACCCUGACGUAUCUGAGCCCGCGCCAACGAUCUACAUAGCCGAGUCAUGUCCAAGACCUGAUGUGUCUGAUGGAACAGUAUUGCAAAAACAACAAGAGCCAAAUCCCCUUCAUUCCGAACUCGAGGGCCUCUGUAAAACCAUGUGCAGCCGUGGAGUCCGGAAAUACUUGGUUACACACCUACCUAAUCUUACCCAGCUACGGGAAGAAGUGCCAAAGGCGUUGAAGCUGGCUCCAAACCCUCCAAAGUUGGUGUUGGAAUGUCUGGGUAAGUUCUACCUGCAGGGGAGUAGGGCAUUCACUAGGAACUCCACCAUGAUACCGGCUCGUGAGGCGUCGAUUUUUGUACUGGAGUGCUUUCUGCUGAUGAUGGGGAAAGAAAAUGGGGUUUCGAAUGUCGAGAAGGCAGUGCGGUUGGAGGCGGAGCAAGCCGCCUUGGCGUGGCGGAAGAGGAUGGCGGCUGAAGGGGGUUUGGCCCAGGCUAACCAGAUUGAUGCAAGGGGGCUUUUGCUGUUUGUUGCAUGCUUCGGGAUCCCCAACUCGUUGAAGAGGGAUGAUAUUAAGGAUUUGGUGGCUGCUGCUAAUGCCAAGGAUAUUGCAGGUGUACUGCAGAUGUCUCAGGUGCUGAUGAAGAAAAUUUCAGAUAUAGUGGAGCGUAUGCUGAAGCACAAAAUGGAAGUAGAGGCCGUUGAUCUCAUUUACACCUUUGGGCUUGAAGAGAGAUUUGACCCUCAAAAUGUUCUAGUUUCAUAUCUACAGCAAUCCAAGGAGUCCUGGGGAAAGGGGUCACAGACAUCCACAGCUGCACUGAAAGAAGCAAACAAGAAACAGUUAUCUGCCCUGAAAUCCAUCCGCAAGUGUUUAGAACGGCACAAUAUUGACCCUGCACAGCUUCUCCCUGACUGGCAAAUCAACGAGAAAAUUACAACUCUUGAAAAAGACAUUUCCGACUCUGACCGAAUGAAGGAAGACAAAUGGGCCCACAAGAGGAAACCCAGCGAAAGCGAGACCCUCCCGAGAAAGCCCAAAACCCACGAACCCAAACGACCGCGCUUUAAUAACAUCAGCCACGGUCAGCAACAGCACAGGGCAGAUAGCCGGACAAACAAUUCGACUCGUAGAAAUAAUAAUAUUUAUCCAGCAUCCACACCGGUGGUCUAUGGGGGUCCGGGCGCAGGAUUGCUUCCUGAGAGCAUGGGUCCACCACGCGGUGGCACUGUCCAGUAUGCCAGUGGGAUCCACGGUGGGACCGACACGUACGCAUGGCACAUGGACGAGAGAUAUGGAAAUAGUGGCCAGUCCUCGGCGAGCGGCGUGGGGCUUCGCAGCCUGUACGCACCCCCGCCUGCACCUGUGGUCGAGGGGUUUGCCAGGGGGAUUCCAAGCGUUGGCCAGGCGUCCGAUCUGUAUCAGUUUGCGGAUAGUGUGGAGAGCAAACCUUAUGGGGAUGGGGGGAGACUGGCCACAGGCGCUGCUCACACUUACCGGCCGCCAUAUUUUUACGAAGGCUGA